AUGUCACGGGUUGCCACGCGGUGCGGGCGCGCCCUGGGCGCUGUGCAGUGCGUCCUCUCGGCGGACGCGGCGUGCCUGGCGAGGUCCGACGGCGCCAACUGCAUCGGUCGAGGCGCGAGCUCGUACAGGAGCACAACGACAUCGUCGAUCCGGCUGGAAUGCCAGGGGGCACCGCGCAGGAGCUCGCGACCUGCGCUCUGCAGUGCCUCCGGAGCAGCACGCUGUGCCUCGAGCGCGCACGCAUGUCGUUCGCAGGCCGGUGACGGCCCUCUGACGCACAUCAACAAGCACGGCGAGGUCUACAUGGUCGACACGAGCGAGAAGAAGCCCACCACGCGGACUGCGGUUGCAGAGGCCGUCGUGGUGUUCCCCCCGGACUCGUUCGCGACGCUCCGCGACCAGGGUGUGCCCAAGGGCGACGUCAUGGCCACGGCGCGGGUGGCGGGCGUGAUGGCCGCCAAGGGCACGGCCAACGUCAUCCCCAUGUGCCACCCCGUGCAGCUCGCCGGGACGGACGUGCGCAUCACGAUGGACGAGCCGAACAACGCGGUGGUCAUACAGUCGGAGGUGCGCUGCGUCGGUCCGACGGGCGUCGAGAUGGAGGCGCUGGUGUCGGCGUCGACGGCGGCGCUGACCGUGUACGACAUGUGCAAGAGCCUCACCAAGGGCAUCGUCAUCAAGCACGUGCGCCUGCUGUCGAAGACGGGCGGCAAGUCCGGCACCUGGCUCGCUGGCCAGCAGUAG